AUGGAUGCUGAAGCACCGUAUUCGGCGGCGUUUAGUAAAUCAGAAGGAUGGGAAUGGGUGACGAAAGUGGUUGGGAUUGGAGCAAGUUUUGGGAUAUUGACGUCGUUGUUGGUAGCCAUGUUGGGUCAGGCUAGGUACAUGUGUGUGAUCGGACGGUCAAGAGUGAUCCCUACUUGGUUUGCUAAGGUUCAUCCCAAGACUUCUACUCCAGUCAACGCUUCCGCUUUUCUUGGAAUAUUCACGGCUGCUCUCGCCCUCUUCACCGACCUAAACGUCCUCUUAAACCUAGUCUCUAUCGGAACGCUCUUUGUCUUCUACAUGGUGGCAAACGCCGUUAUAUUCCGCCGUUAUGUAGUGGUGGGAUACACCAAGCCAUGGCCAACACUCUCUUUCCUUUGCCUAUUCUCCAUAACCUCAGUUUUUUUCACCUUAGUCUGGCAACUCGCACCGCCAGGGCCACUUAGAUGGUUCAUGCUCGGAGCCAGCGCGGUCACGGCUAUAGCCAUCGUGCAAAUAUUCCAUUGUGUUGUACCUCAAGCUAUGAUCCCUGAGUUUUGGGGUGUACCGUUGAUGCCGUGGACUCCAUGCGUUUCGAUAUCUUUGAACAUUUUCUUGCUUGGAUCGUUGGAGGCUCCUUCUUAUAUCAGAUUCGGGUGCUUCUCGGGAUUGGCAGUGCUUGUGUAUGUGUUUUAUAGUGUUCAUGCGAGCUUUGAUGCUGAAGGAGAUGGGUCUCUUGAUUUCAAAGACAUGGAAAGCCUUGAAAGAAUCAACANAGAUUCUUGCAAUAUCUUCAUUUUAUUACCAAAUCAACUUUAG